GAUUGUGUCAACAGAAGGGAGUUUUAAUAGUAAUUUGCGAAUUACUUUCUAUUAUAAAUAUUACUUUUCGAAUGGAAAUGUAAUAAAUAAUAAGACGUAAAACAUGGAGGACAAUAAAAUUGAAACGAAUGCGGAGAGUGAACGGAAAUUUUCCCGACGUAAAGUGUUCAAGUUUUGUUCCAUCGCUGUAAUAGCGAUAACACUAGGCUUCGUACACUACCGCUAUGUAUCAAGUCUCUUCGAAAACGACCGGAGUUUCUCCUACCUAUCAGAGAUGGAGAGGGAGAUGUCUCUGAGAACGGAGAUGGGUUUCUAUUACUCAUAUUAUAAAACUAUGGUGGAAGAGAAGCCGUUCAUCGCUGGGAUAUCGAAGCUCAUGUAUGAUAGAUUGGUUGAGUACCCGAAGGAUGUGAACGCUUUCAAUCGGUUCAAUAUUUAUCCGGAGGUCCUAAUCGGAGCUCUAUAUCGUUACUUCGAGCCAUAUUUGAACACGUCCUCGCAUCGCCAGUGCCACAUGGUGGACCGGGGCGAGCUGCCUCCAGUAGAGAGCUGCGUGGGCAUUGGCCAGCCGAUAUUCUUUUAUUUGGAGGCAGUAUGGUGGAUGGCCGGGUUGACCGUCGCAGCCCUGUUUUUGCAUGCCGCUGCUUUAAGUGAAAGCAUCUUAGGCGGUUUGCUAGCAGUGGCUCAAUACUUCGCGAACCAUUCAGAGUGCACCAGAGUGCAAUGGGCUCCCAACGAGAGAGAGAACUUCGCAGCACCUCUCCUGCUGCUGCAGACCUGGCUGGUAUCCAUGCAGCUCAGGGAUAAACAGAGGAGGACCACUUUUCAAUUGCAAGUGUCCAUCUUCAUAUUAAACUGCCUGUGUCUCUUAUUCUGGCAGUUUUCCCAGUUCAUAUUUUUGACUCAAACGGCCAUUUUUUUUGUAAUGGAACAAUUUCGUAUAAUUGACGUUAAAGCACUUUGUAUAUUUCUGCAUUCCCAUUUCUGUGGCCUUCACAUGGCUGUCCUUCUUCUACAGGGCAAUGAUAUGCUAAAAUCGUCCUUAUACGCUUCCUACUUCGUGAUAGUAUCCGCGUACUGCUUGUUCUUCAGCUCUCUAAGGCUUAAGGUUCAAAAUCGCGUGGAUUUGUUCGUGGAGAUUUGGCUUAUUUUCCUAAGAAUAGCUAUAGUGACUUUAGCGGCUUUUUACUUGAAGAAAGUGCUGAGUAAUUUUUUGAAUGUUGAAGAAGAUUCGCAUGUUUGGGAUAUUUUGUACUCGAAAUUCACGAAUUUCAAAAGUUUUCAUACAUUAAUUUAUACUUGUAAUGCAGUUUUUGAUUUUUUACCCUUAAGUUCGAUUCAAAAACUAUUUAGAUCAUUCUUGAUACCCUUCGCCAUGUUAAGUGUUGCCAACAUGUGCAAUUAUUGGGUUACGAACGCCGUCGAUUCGUGCGAGAAAGAGAUAGACAAUCGAAGUCAAAAGAAAGAGAAGGAUGGCGAUGUAUCUGACGAAUCAGAUUCCGGCAUUGAAAAUUCAGAUUUAAAGAAAAAUAUAACGGAUUUGGACAUUAUAGAUAAGGAGAUAAAGUCGAAAAUUGAAGGGGAAGAGACUAGUGAUGUGCUUAUAUUGGUUUUGAGGCAUAUGAAGGCUGAACCGGCGAUAUUUUAUAAUAUAUCGCAGAUGUUUGUCUAUGGUGUCAUGGCGGCACUAGUGAUGCGACUCAAGUUGUUGUUUACAACCCAUUUAUGUAUUGUAGCCGCUAUUAUGAUGAAUUCUAAAUAUUAUCCCAUCCCAAAGUCCUACAAGAAGUACCUGCCACUCUUCUGGGCAGUGUGUAUGUCUCCGCUCAUACAAGACAUGUUGCAAAGUAUACCGAAGGAGAUGUCGCAUAUAGGUGAAUUCAGCGACAUAAACCAAGAACAGUUGCUAGAGUGGAUCCGGGCGGACACGCCCGUGACCGCGGCGUUCGCGGGAUCGAUGCCCAUCCUAGCCACCAUCAUGCUAGUCACGAGGCGACCUAUAGUUGCGCAUCCACAUUAUGAGCACUUAGAUGCCAGAGAGCGCGCGUACACUGUACACAAAAUGUACGGUAAGUUCACUCCGCAUGAGUUCUACCAGGAUCUCACCAAGCUGAAGGUCAGCUACCUCGUCGUAGAGACGAAGUACUGCUAUGGAAGGAGCAGUACAGGAUGUUCGUUCGAGAACAUAUGGGACAUUGAGACGCCCUGGUUGAGUAAACGUCCGACCAUCUGCUCAACCUUACUCACCCAACCAGUCGACCACUUCUAUCCCGUGUUCCGAAACGAACAUUAUGCUGUGUUCAAUAUCCAUGAUUAUAGCGUUCGAUAUAUGCCUCGCAGCUUCGAAUCUUGACAUCCGGCCUCUCACUCUAACUCAAAUAAGACUGACACCCUUAGUUUAUUAGCUGUUAGGUGAAUAUAAAGAAAAGCAGAUGGCGCUAGCGUAGUUUUUAGUCACCUGUAAAUAACAACUGUCGACUGCAGGACUACGAGCAUUUUCUAUAUAAGAAGGGUUGGAGAUCGCAGUGUAAAAGGUUCAGGUUUAUCAGAGAGCGCUGCUGCACGGUCUUCGACGUCGGGUGUAUGGUACCCAAGGAAAGAAAAGGGGUUGAUUAAUGUAUUCUUCUCUGCCGUUACCACACGGUGUAUAAGUGUUGUGUAUUAAAUAUCAAAUUUUUAAGUUACUACUAAUGUGACCAAAAUAAAAUACUUAUCUUCGUGGCGCUGUAGUCGUUUUUGGCGUCCCUUUGUAAAGAUAUUUGUAUGAAGAAAUUAGUUCUCGAAAAAUCCGUUGUUUGAGGGAUACCGACUAGUCUUAAUUACCUUGAUAACUGUAAAUAUUUUAUUAACACAUGGUCGUUUUCACCAACCAUCUUUUAACUAAGAGUUACUUAGUUAAAGGAGCACCUAAACUAUCCCCUUACUUUUACGUAUAGGUGGCACUUAUAGGUUGUUAAAAACCAAAAUGUCGGUAAGUGCCACCUAUCUUACCUUAGGGAUUCCUUAAAACUUAAAUGUGGUUUGUGAAAACGGGCAAGUGUUCUUUAUUUUAUUAAUUAUAAGAUCGAUUUUCCUAAAGCAAGUGUUACUAUUUUAAAAUGUAAAUAAUUAUAUUGUUUCUAAUAUUAAAUUAAGACUAGGUUUAAAAAAGAAAUUCAA